CAACAGGCGCCUCGACACCCGCUUCACGAAACAUCUUCCUGCGCCUCGAGACACGUGUGGAAGCCUCGAGACAAAGGACACGUCGCUGCCCACCAGAGCCCGGAUGUGCGGACACACGUGUUGAAGUGGACUUUGUAGAAAGUGUAACCUCAGACUCACGAAGCUCGCGUCGCGUGGCAACAGGAAGGAGACGGAGACGGAACUCGGCCACACGGCGCGAGUCGCAGCGACUCUCUGGAGACUAAACGGCGCGUCUCAUCGCCCACGAUGCCCACGUGACCCUGUGCGAGCGACUCUGUGUUGUUCCGCUUCAUCGGAAACGUCCGGAUUGUGUCCUCGUGUCCUGCGGAGCUCAUGACGUCAUCGUGCCAGCAGGAGAUACACGGACCCGAGCGGAGCCGAGCGACACCGAGCGGAGCCGAGUGAGCGGAGCGUUUUUAACGGAGCUGUCUGGAGGAAACGUUUCUGAGCUCGUGAACAUGUCUAAAGCCCAAAUGCUGAGAGGUGUAGUCAACCAGCGACUCACUGCGGCUGCGCAGGAGAUCUGCGGGCUGUUUGAAGGAACGAUCGCAGAGUACGAGGAGGAACUGUGUAGUUUAAAAGAGGAGAACGAGCGGCACCGGAAGCUGCUGCACGCCGUGUUCAACCCGGAAGUCCGGUUGCAACGAGCAGACGUCCAGCAGCUGUUGGUGGUUAAAGAAGAGGUUCUUUCUGAGCAGCAGGUCUGGAUCUCCAGUCUGGACCAGGUGCAUCCAGAGCCCCCGCUAGUUAAAGAGGAUCAGAAGGAACAGGAGAACCCUGAGCCUCCACACAUUAAAGAGGAACAGGAGGACCAGGAGAACCCUGAGCCCCCCCACAUUAAAGAGGAACAGGAGAACCCAGAGCCCCCCCACAUUAAAGAGCAAUAUGAGGAACUCUGGACCGGGAGGGAGGGAGAGCAGCUUCAAGGGCUGGAGGAGGCUGGUCUCAAGUUAUCAUUCACUCCUGUGAAGGCUGAAGAGGAAGCUCAGUCCUCUAAGCUUCAUCAAAGACAAACUGAACCGAUGGAAAUUGAAGCUGAUGGAGAUGAUUGUGGAGGACCAGAACCAGCCAGGAACGCAGAUCCAGAUAGACCUCCAGAUCCUGAUGAAAAGACUGGAGACUCUUCAGAACCAGAUACUGAUGACUCUGUUGAUUGGAAGAAGACCAGAGAACCUCAAUCAGGUUUAAACUCUCUGAAUAAUGAUGACGUUUCUGUCAGUGAUUCAAAAUGUAGUUCUAGUGAGAAAUCAUUAAGCUGCUCUAAAUGUGGGAAAAGAUUUCACCUCAAAGGAGAUUUUAAGAAACACAUGUUAACUCACACAGGAGAGAAACCGUUCAGCUGCUCAGUCUGUAAAACAUCUUUUGCACAGAGCAAUCAGUUAAAGAUUCACAUGUUUACUCACACAGGAGAGAAACCUUUCAGCUGCUCACUCUGUAAAACAUCUUUUGCACAGAGCAGUCAUUUGAAGAGUCACAUGUUCACUCACACAGGAGAGAAACCUUUCAGCUGCUCAGUUUGUAAAACAUGUUUUAGACACAGAGGAACUUUAAAGAGUCACAUGUUAACUCACAGCUCAGUUUGUAAAACAUGUUUUAGACACAGAGGAACUUUAAAGAGUCACAUGUUAACUCACACAGGAGAGAAACCUUUCAGCUGCUCAGUCUGUAAAACAUCUUUUGCACAGAGCAAUCAGUUAAAGAUUCACAUGUUUACUCACACAGGAGAGAAACCUUUCAGCUGCUCACUCUGUAAAACAUCUUUUACUGAGAGAGGAACUUUAAAGGGACACAUGUUAACUCACACAGGAGAGAAACCUUUCAGCUGCUCGGUCUGUAAAACAUCUUUUGCACGGAGUGGUCAUUUAAAGGGUCACAUGUUAACUCACACAGGAGAGAAACCUUUCAGCUGCUCUGUCUGUAAAACAUCUUUUACGCAGCGCAGUCAUUUAAAUAGUCACAUGUUAACUCACACAGGAGAGAAACCUUUCAGCUGCUCAGUCUGUAAAACAUCUUUUAGACACAGAGGAACUUUAAAGAGUCACAUGUUAACUCACACAAGAGAGAACUCAUUUUAGUU